CCAGAAGUUUUUCCAUUUCCUUCUCAGUUCCCAGCUUUGUUUGUACGCCACCAAAAAAAAAAAAGUUACUGCUAGAGAUACAGGGCGCCAAACUGAAAGGCAAAAGCAAAGGGCGAAGGCUGAAGCUCCAAAAAUUCAAAAUUUGUUUGUAAAAUGGAAUUGGAUGAAUGGGAGUUGAGCGCUGAAGAAUGGGAUUAUCUUGAAAGAGACGCUUUCCAGAAGAUCGCUCAGCAGCGCAACCAUUCCUCUUAUUCUUCUUCUUCUUUCAAUCAAAAUCCCAUCACCCAUUCUCCUUCUGCAAAGGCUGGAGCUUCAUCCGGAACAUUGCCUUCAUCAAUUGCGCCAAAAACAAAACCUGCAGAUCAAUGCUCCAAGGAACAACUACCAAAGCUCUCUGUCAAAUUUAUCCUCCACGCCACUGGAAACAUUGCUGCUAAAUUUUCCUAUAAACAGGUGUUAGUUGAUGCUUUCCGUAAAAUCCCUAAGGCCGCUUGGAAUGCACAAGAAAGAUUAUGGAUGCUCCCGCUAUCUUCUUUGUCAUCAGCAGAAAAAGUUCUUUGUGAAGUAUCUGGUUUUAAAGUUGAGGUAGAGAAUUUACAUCCCUUGGUGCAGCGUGCUAUUGCUGCUGCCUCUGCACUUCCAGAUCUUCGAGUGUGGUAUGACAGGAUUCCUAGCUAUAUUGAAUCAAAGCUUCUACCAUUUCAGCGAGAUGGUGUUAGAUUUGUAUUGCAACAUGGAGGGCGUGCACUUCUAGCUGACGAAAUGGGACUGGGAAAGACUUUACAGGCUAUUGCUGUUGCUGCAUGUAUUCGUGACUCUUGGCCUGUUCUUGUACUUGCACCAUCUUCUUUGCGUUUGCAUUGGGCUUCAAUGAUUCAACAGUGGCUGAAUAUUCCUCCGUCAGAUAUAGUUGUUAUUUUUUCUCAAGUGGGUGGAUCAAACAAAGGUGGAUUCACAAUAUUGUCCUCAAAAUGCAAGGAUGGUAUUCAUCUUGAUGGCCUGUUCAACAUCAUCUCCUAUGAUUUGGUACCAAAGUUAGAAAAUGUAUUAAUGGCAUCAGAGUUUAAGGUUGUGAUUGCAGAUGAAUCUCAUUUUUUGAAAAAUGCUCAAGCAAAGAGGACAACAACUUCCCUUCCCAUAAUAAAGAAAGCUCAAUAUGCAAUGUUGCUUACUGGAACUCCAGCUUUAUCCCGACCAAUUGAGCUGUUCAAGCAGCUGGAAGCCUUGUAUCCUGAUGUAUAUAGGAAAAUUUAUGAAUAUGGUGACCGUUACUGCAAAGGCGGAAUAUUUGGAACUUAUCAAGGUGCGAGUAACCAUGAAGAAUUGCACAAUUUGAUGAAGGCUACAGUCAUGAUCCGCAGGCUUAAGAAGGAUGUUCUUUGUCAGCUACCCAUGAAGCGUAGGCAACAGGUCUUCCUAGAGUUGACUGAAAAGGAUAUGAAAAAGAUCAGUUCUUUGUUUCAGGAGUUGAAUCUGGUAAAGGGAAAAAUCAAGGCCCGCCGGUCAGAAGAGGAGGUUCACUCACUCAAACUUAUUGAGAAGAAUCUCAUAAAUAAGAUUUAUACUGAUUCAGCUGAAGCCAAGAUCCCGGCAGUUCUAGAUUAUCUAGAAACUGUCAUUGAGGCAGGCUGCAAAUUUCUAAUAUUUGCACAUCAUCAGCCCAUGAUUGAAGCAAUACAUCAGUUUCUCCUUAAGAAGAAAGUGGGUUGCAUUCGAAUUGAUGGUGCUACCCCUGCAUCCUCAAGGCAAGCUUUGGUUAAUGAUUUUCAGGAGAAGGAUGCUAUCAGGGCAGCAGUGCUAUCUAUCAAAGCUGGAGGUGUCGGAUUGACUUUAACAGCUGCAAGUACUGUUAUCUUUGCAGAGUUGUCAUGGACUCCAGGUGACCUGAUUCAAGCUGAAGAUCGCGCUCAUAGGAUUGGCCAGGCCUCUUCAGUUAAUAUAUACUACCUGCUAGCAAAUGACACUGUUGAUGACAUCAUAUGGGAUGUUGUUCAGAACAAGUUGGAAACUCUGGGUCAGAUGCUUGAUGGCCAUGAGAAUACCUUGGAAGUUUCAACCAGCCAACAACAAAGAAGUCCAUUGAAGCAGAAAACUCUGGAUUCUUUCACGAAGCGCUGUAACAGCAUCGAUGAUGCUGGUCAGAUGCUUGAUGGCCAUGAGAAUACCUUGGAAGUUUCAACCAGCCAACAACAAAGAAGUCCAUUGAAGCAGAAAACUCUGGAUUCUUUCACGAAGCGCUGUAACAGCAUCGAUGAUGCUGGUCAGAUGCUUGAUGGCCAUGAGAAUACCUUGGAAGUUUCAACCAGCCAACAACAAAGAAGUCCACUGAAGCAGAAAACUCUGGAUUCUUUCAUGAAGCGCUGUAACAGCAUCGAUGAUGCUGAACAUCAAUCCAAGCUCAAAUACCCCAGGCACUGAGCAACCUACUCAAAGUACUAUACCUAUAUUUUUGCCCCACUUGCAUAGCAAGACAUGUACCGUACAGGCACAUGGAAUUAUUAAUGUUGUACUAAUGAAACACAUUAAUCACUAAAUUAGCACUAUCUAAUCAUAAUAUCACCACUUAGGGGAUAUGCUUGGUACUCGGAAUGUAACGUAAGCUUCGUUGGAUUGGCGUUACCCUGGUAAUAGAAUCCAUUGGCAUAUUUAAUGUUUUCGUUUGGAUUCAUAGAAAAUAUUUCUCA